AUGGACAAUCGUUAUCCGAGCUAUAAUGGUAGUUCUUCAAACACUCGUGACUAUCAGAUAUCCCGAUCAAGUCGGCCACUCAAUAAUCACGCAGCUGUAAACCAUCGCGAUCGCCGCUCCCCAAAGUCCAGUCACCCUCAGGAUGCUGACAGUACCACAAAUCGGCGCGGUUAUGAAAGGACCAGUAGACCCAGACGUCAAUCUGGCAGUGAUUUCUCUGUUCCUCGACGCGAUUAUCAGACUGUGCACCGUACUGGUCGCUCAUCGGAUCGUUUCUCUACGCCAAAUCCGUCGAAGUCCGUAUACACACCAUCCGGGCGGCAACCCUAUCGUAGUUCAGAGGCUAAUCGGUGGAAGUGA